AUGUCUCAGCCCCCAGCAUGGCUUCCAUUCAUUGAAUAUGUUCUCAUUUCAUUAGAACUCCCAAUGGAUAUGUUUGUCUCUAAACUCGCCGCCUGCUGCACAAUGCUUUUCCUCACACGCUCAGAUCCCGAAUUAUUGCGUAGUUUAUGCCAUAAGUGGGCCAUUCGAUUCUCAAUGGAUCGUGCGAAGAUUCUUGCACACAUACGAAGUAGAGCUCGACGAACACGAAGUCUCGCUUCUUGUUAUUGUGCCUCUACAGAUAGUAUUAGUGAUUUAUCCAAUACACCUAAACUAUGUGAUCCAGAUGCCUGUGUGGAACACUUUCUUCGACUUGUUAAUACAUUAGUUCCAAUGUACUUUUCAUGGAAUUGGCAUCGAAUACAAGAUGUGAUACGUAUUAAUAAGGAAUAUGUAUUGUAUGUUCAGAAGGAACUUUUACCCUUGUGUAUUGAAACUAGUGUAGAUGCCCCUGAACCUAGUCAUGGAGAAUGUGAAGCUAUAUUACAAUUACGAUCAUCUCCUACCAUACCUACUGUUGCUAUGAUGGAUACUUUUAUGAGUACAAAUAGUAUGAGUAGUGUUGUUCCAAUAUAUGAAGAUAGUGAUGGUAAUAAUAUACGUAGAAAAGCAAAACUUAGUUUUGCAACACUUGGAAAUUUAUUAGAAUGGAUGCGAAGUUCACCUAAUGGUUUAGUACUUAUAUUUCAUGCUAAAUAUUCAAAGAAGAGUUGUGAAACUCUUUCUUUAUUUAAAGAAAUAAUUAGCGAUAAGUUACUAAAUCCAGAGCCAAAUGUAUGUAUUGUACAUUCCGUUGCUGAACCAGAACUUACUAAUAUGUACAAUAUAUCUUGGUUUCCAACAAUUAUUUACGUACCUCCAUUAACCGAAGAUAAUAAACAUAGUAGUAAUAAUAAUACAGAUUCCAAGAAGGAAGGGGGAGGACAACUCUUAUCAAUAGAGCCGUCUGAUAAAUCCUCCACGUUGUUAGCGGAAUUCAAAAGUGAGGGAUCUUUGAUGAAUGGUAAUCGUCGUGUUCAAGUGAAUGGAACUUCAACUGCAUCUGUAUCUGUAUCUGCGGAAACACCAUUAACAUUUUAUUCUCCCACAUGUUCAGAUCCCGGAGAAAAUUCACUUUCGUUAACUUUACAAGAUUCAUCACAAGAAGAAGAAGAGUUAACAAGUAUAAUAGAACGUGGACUUCACCGUGUUUAUCCUGCAAAUAGUGAAUUAACUACAAAAUCACUAGUGGAAUGGGUAAAUAGUAAAGGGGUAAAUACACCUCGAUCAGAAAAAAAUGAUCAUGCAUCUGUAAAUUAUAUUAAUGUUCUCCGUGAAGAGGCGAAAUUUAAAAAAUAUCGUGAGUUUAUAUCUGCUGUUGUGAUGCUUCGUCAUCUUCAGUAUUCCUCUGCGAAUAAUACCGCCUCUUCUCGUGAGGAUGCGCCGGUGUUUAUUUUUCUCGGCGGUGGAAUGGCUGCUGGAAAGAGUACAGCCGCAACGGCCCUCUCCCGCAGUAGUUGGUGGGAGAAACACAAGGCGAAUAGUGUUUUGGUGAAUGCCGAUGACUUCAAAGUCGCCACCACUCCAUGGUCGCAGGGAAUAAAAGGCAUGCAUGAAAGUAGUGCCUACGCGGCGGAGAAAUUAAUGGUAAAGGCCGUCAAUCAAGGAAGAAGUAUUGUCUUUGAUGGAACUAUGAUGUGGCGUCCAUUUGUUAAACAAGUUAUUGAAAUGGUUCGCCAUGCACAUACCACUUUAUAUAGUCAAGGGAUGGGAUAUAAAAAUAAUGGGGCGAUUGAAGAAUACUUUAGACCAGUCGGACCGCGAGAAACUCCACUGCCUAAACCGUAUGAAAUUCGAUUACUCGCAAUUACUGUGGAACCAGAGAUUGCGGUACCUCGUGGGAUUCUUCGCAUGUUCUCUACAGGUAGAGGUGUACCUAUUCCCAUACAAUUACGAUCCUUUCGUCUCUUUGCAGAAAACUUUAGUGAAUAUCUUACCUGGGUAGACUCGGCGACGUUGUAUAAUAAUAAUGUGUUUGCCAAUCUCGAGAAGGGGGAAUUGCCGCCUGUUCUCGCAGAGAAGUCUAUAGAUGGUCAAUUGGUAGUUCACAAUGAGGAUGCAUAUGCCCAAUUCCUUCGACAACGAUUUUUGAACGACGAUGCAGAUAACGUUAUGGAACUGUAUAGUGCUCGUAAGCCGUAA